UUUUGGCAAGCAACGCACGCCGAAUCAUAAAAAUCCAGCACCAGAAAAGGGUACCGGGCGAACAAAAACAAACAUACAGCCAGAAAACGUUUCAAAAUGUACAGCAAAAGUGUUGAUCAAAUAACUAUCCUGCAAGGAGAUCGAACAAAGUUAAAAGAUUUGCUUCGUUUGCGGCUCAUCGAGUGCGGUUGGAAUGACCAGGUACGAUACCUCUGCAGGCAGGCGAUAGUGGAAAAUGGGCACACGAACGUGGACGGCGUCGUGCAAGUUGUAACGCCGGAAGCUCGUACGCUGAUUCCUGAUGUGGUGAAACGGGAGCUGCUGCAGAAAAUUCGAAUGAGCUUGUUACAGCAGGAAAAGCUCGAUCUGUAAUUGUUUCCCACGGCAUAAUAAGAGAGUGUAGCAAUCCUAAGUUAAGCGAAUAAUACAAUAUGUUCAAUUAUAAGACGAUAAA